AUGGAUCCAGAACCAAUAUCUUUUCGGUACAUGUUGGUUUGUCUAGCAAAUGCACUGAUCAAUCUAGCUAUAAUAUCACCACUAGUUGUAUGCUAUUGGAGAGGAACGUGGGAGAUCAUGGAUGUGUUCGUUUACCCUGCCGAUUUCGUGCUUACUUCCUGGGUGUCUGUAGCCAUCGGUAACGCAAUUAUAUUCCUGUUUUCAAUUUUCCAAGGUGGAAUUACAAAUAUUAACAAAUUGAAAAACCCUUUCGCACAUUUCGUUCUAUCCAGACUCUAUGUAUACUUGCUUGGGUUCGGAUGUGUAAGCCAAUGGCGGGGGAUAUGGUUUCUUCAAGACCACUACACUGGAAAGACAUGGCAAAGCGCCACCGGGACCGCAAUAAUUGGAGUGACCACACUUUGUUGUUUUCGAUGUCUCAGUGGAAUUGUAGCGUCGCCAUUGGUCCUCCUCAGGGAUAAUGACCGAAAAAACAUUUUUACUUUGACCAGGAGAUUUUCCUCAGAUGUUGUUCCAGGUAUCAAAUUUCCGAUGGACGUCGCUUUGACUGUAAUUUUCAUCAACAAUCUGGUAGUAUUUUUCUGGCGUGGAAUCUGGACCCUACUAGAUCUUUACCUCGUUCCAGACUCGGUCAUUGUUUCCGGGGCGUACUCAUUCAUCAUCAGCUUCAGCCUGGCCAUACCGGUUCUUCUCAGUCAACAUGGCGUCCAACGCUUGUCGCAGUACCUCCACAAGAGGAUGUUCUUGUUACAGAUCCUUCUCGAGGCUGUAUUUCUUGUUGUUGCUGGCACACUAUCUGUCUGUCAUUGGAGGGGGGCAUGGCUACUCCAGAAUGGAUUCCUCUUCCCAGAAAACAAAGUGCUCAGUGUCUGGGUGUCGCACAUAGUCGGAAGUGCAGGACUCAUAAUUCUUUUUUCUUCAAGAAGCUAUCUUACGUCUGGGUGUUUCAUGGAUACAAUCAUCCAUAAAAUGGAAGGACCUAUAUUUGAUAUUAGAUUUCUGAAAUGGAAAGAGGAUCAACUGGAUACAAAUGGGGAUAGCUAUGAUGUAGUAGAGACAAAAGUGGAUUUGCCAGCGUCUGAUGUCAACUCUCCGUCAUCUGAAUGUGACGUCAUCCCGCAGUUUGAAUGUGAUACAAGGCUGUAA